AUGGAGGAUGAGCAAAGCACCUGCGUGGGUCCCUCCUCAACCCGCAAUGGCGGCCAUUCUCCCCUUGAUCGCAGCCUCCAGAGCACCAAUAAAGACCAGGACUAUUUUGAUCUUCCAUUGCCCGUGGAAGUCGAGGGUUCGAAGGAACCACCCUCCAGCGAUCCAAUCUGGAGUAUCCUUCCUUCAUACUGGAUGUACACAGCAUCUAUCCAGCGUAACUUGAGUGUGCCUGACCAGGACAAUGACGACGAGCCGCCCAUUUAUGAGCGCUCCAACCCUGCUUCAGUUGUUUCUUUGAGUACAGAGUCAAAUGAACUUCCUCCAACCCCGGGAACUUCGCUAUUGGCCGCCACUGCAUCCGCUUCAACCCCUGCAACACCUCAUAGCGACUUUAUUCUUGCUGACGAGAAUACGUCUUCCUGGCAGGAAACCAUUUUGGAUAACGUGCACAAACUCAAGCAAUUGACCCACACUGAUAAUGCCGCUUCCAAUGCUGUGGACAUAAAAGUGUUUUUCACAGAGGAAGUGUGCAAAAAAGGUGAGAAACCAACACUUAUUGAUCCGCUGAUUUUCGAGUACAAGGAGGGAGACUAUUUGAAUGGCUACAUUACCAUCAAGAACAACAGCAACGAGCCAAUUCCCUUCGAGAUGUUGUAUCUCAUGUUUGAGGGCAAGAUAAUGGUUCGCAAUUGUAAGAACGCGGCAGACAGGACUCCUGUGGUAUUGAGUAAGUUCUUGGAGAUGUUCGAUUUCAGUGCUUCAUGGAAUGAGGCGAACAUCAAUAGGCUAAUUACAGAGAAUCCAGCUAUAUCAGAUGACUCGGUAAUCGAUCCACUAGAUAAUACUGUCUGUUGCUUCAAUUGUGACAAGAGAAUGCACCCUGGAGUUGUUUACAAGAGAUUUUUCACAUUCAAGAUUCCCAAGAAUUUACUUGAUUCCGAGUGCAAUGAGCAUAACUUACAGCUGCAUGUGGAAAUGCCACCAAGUUUGGGAGACUGCACUUUUGAGCGUAAUUCUGCUAAUGCAAUCAAGAUCAGGGAUCUCUCGAUGAUUGACACUGCUGUCAGCUAUGCAGUGUUGGUAAGAUUCAUUGGAAGAAAAUCUAAAUACAAGGUUGAUCCUAACUUAUUCUCAGACAAAGAUACCAUUUUGGUAAAUUCUAAGGGUGAUGAAUAUAUAAUUCUUAAGGAAGUGCUCGGCAAUAUCAGGAUAUUGCAGCAGAGCAAGAGAGUUACAAAGACAAAGCAGAUGGAAUGCAAAAUAUUACAAGAUAAUUUAAUCAAUAGAGUGAGAGAGAAAAUUGAAACUGGGCACAAGCUACUCAAGUUGAUCCGAGAAAAUGACAGUUGCUCAGCAUUCGAACUAUCGAAGAGAAUUUGCCAGAAAGAGUUGGAGUUUGCAAAAAUGAAGCAAGCAUAUGUUCGUAAAAUCGAUGCUAUUGCAUCAACUUCACGAUACGAGCAGCCUACAUCCAUCGAAAUAGUUACUCCUCUAGUAAAGAGAAGUCUCACGGGAGCCCAGAAAGCAAUAGGUACAUUGAAGUUGAGUACUCCUCUAACUAGAUACCUCGUGGACUACAUUCCUCCUUUGAGAUUCAGAGAUAAGCCUAUUAGUGAGCAGCAGCACAAUUCAUGGAUACUCAACAUCCCAUUGGAUCUAACCUGUUUGCUACCUGAUAAUGCCGAUAAGUCAGGAAAGAUUCCAAUAGAGAUCAAGAGGAUCAGCGCUGAGUUUGUGGUAACCACUAUCAGGUCCGAUAAGUAUGCCAUUCCCAUUGAGUUCGGCCAUGAUCUUAUUUACAAUAAAAAAGUUGACAACAAUACGUUCUUUGAUCAAGACACUUUUACCAACAAUGUGGUGAAGCCAAUGAAGGCAAACAUGAAUGAGCUUACGAGAAUUUUCAAGGAAUUGGGACCGGAGAACUUCCAGCUCGAGAAGCAGCUCGUUGAAGAUCUUGCCUCGGUAGCAUGUUUGAAAGAGAAGUCUCUCAAUUUACAUAUUCACAACAUUAAACUUCAAGACAGACACACAAACGAGAUGUAUCCUCGCGAGGAUCCCAAGUCAACUCUGCUCAUUGCAUGGAGGGCCGACAAGGGUGGCAGGAGCUACACAAAGAAGAUCAAUCUUAUGGUGGAUUUAACAAGCAUGGCCUUGAAAGAUGUAUCCCAGAAGGAAGCUAGCCAAGCGAAGGCAGCCUAUGACGAUUUCUGCUUGGUGCCUAAUUUCCAAUCGUGCUUUUUAGGCCGGUGGUACCAAGUGAGGAUCCACGUUCUUUUGAGCAACAACAAAUACGUGUACGUGAAGGUGCCCGUCAGCGUCGACAAGAGCUAG